AUGGAACAUAGGAACAAUGUAACUUACUUUGUCCUCUUGGGCCUCACACAAAAUCCAAAGGAACAGAAAGUACUUUUUGUUAUAUUCCUGUUAUUUUACAUUUUGACCAUGCUAGGGAACCUGCUCAUUGUCCUAACUGUAACCUUCAGUAAGACCCUGGACUCUCCAUUGUACUUCUUUCUUGCUAACUUAUCAUUUUUGGAUAUCAUUUAUUCAUCAAUUAUUUCCCCAAAAUUGAUUUCAAAUUUGUUCUUAGGAGAAGUUAUCAUAUCUUUCAAGUUUUGCAUGUUACAGCUCUUUGCAGAACACCUUCUAGGUGGGUCAGAGAUCUGUCUUCUUUUGGUGAUGGCUUAUGAUCGUUAUGUGGCCAUCUGUAAGCCCUUGCAUUAUUUGGUUAUCAUGAAGCCAUGGGUGUGUGUUAUGCUGCUGGUAGUUUCCUGGGCUGGAGGUUUUCUGCAUUCAGUAAUUCAGCUUGUCACUAUUUAUGGGCUCCCAUUCUGUGGCCCCAAUGUCAUUGACCACUUUAUGUGUGACAUGUACCCCUUAUUGCAACUUGUCUGUGUUGACACCUAUGUCACUGGCCUCUUAGUGAUUGCCAAUGGGGGACUGAUGUGCUCUAUUGUGUUUCUGCUCUUACUCAUGUCUUAUGCUGUCAUCUUCCACUCUCUGAAGAACCUGAGUCAAGAAGGGAGGCGGAAAGCUCUCUCCACCUGUGGCUCCCACAUC